ACACUCUCACACACACACACACACACACACACACACACACACACGCUGCUGCAGCGAUGACCCCCGUCUUACUGACACGUUAACAGCCCGUGGUGCAUACGGGAGUACAAUCCGAGCCCAUUACUGCUGGCGGGAGAGACGUAACUUUCCCCGAGAGAAGUGGGCAAAUAACAUCUAGUGUUACCAGUCCGCCACCUAGCUGCGGAGACGCGCCGACGAAGAUCUGUCGACUGUAUGAUUAUGAAAACACCCGCGCCAAUGUUGUUUCACAGGAGGCUCCGCGCUCCGAUGGGAUUGAAACUCGGUUUUAGGAGGUGUUUUAACCUCCGCUGGCCUUAGUUAUGCAAUCAAAGCAACAUCUAAUGCACCAAAAGCUCCGGAUCGCUGCUGGUGCGAAGGGGAUAGCAGGACAGCAACACCUUAACCUCCUGCCUAAACGCAGUUGGCUACGGGACGCGCUCUCGGUUCAAACCUAAAGGACAAGAGAUCUUCCUUCGCUGGAGAAAGGACUAAUUGUUUAUGGACUGUUACAGGAUAUUCUUCUUAAAAUCUGUCAACUAACACCUUCAUCCAGCUGUUUGCCCCUGACCUAGCCAAAUCCCCGGGGUCAUUUAAAAGUGCUUAAUACUGGAAACCCAAAGGUGUUGUACUACUCCCCCCUAACUUCUCUGAUGGACCAGAGAGUGAAGGGGGGAUUCCCUCCAACGACAAACUCCACUCUGGACCCUAACUCUGCACCUGCAGACUCUAAAAGGGAUGAAGUGGUAGAGAAAAAGAGGGGAGGUGAGGGCGAGAAUGGAGAUGUCGAGGAAAAGGAGGACGAAAAAAGAGGAGCAGGAAAAAAGAGGGACGGAGACAAAGGGGCAGUGCUGGAGUUGCUCAUCGAGGGGCGCUGUGGAAGUGCGGGGCAGCAACAGCUCCAGAUCUCCAGUAGGGAGACAAGCUGCCCCGAGGGAAAUGUACGACUCCGGAUCGGACUCGAGGCCAAACGCACAAAGAAACCACCCAAGAUCUUGGAGAGCUACGUCUGCAAACCGACUUUCAGGACCUAUCAAAGACAAGGCAGGGGGAUACCGCUGAGGGGGGAUGGAGAAGGAGGAGUGGGGCAACAGAGUAAAAGCAGCUCUGUUCCAGACAAGGCAGCCAGAGAUCAACGCUCAGGCUCAGAUGCUGUCCAGACCACAUCAAAACAAACGGCAUCUGCUGCUUCGCCGCCACCUGCAUUAUCAUCAUCUUUGCCAUCGCAGCCACCGACGUUAUCAUCAGCAUUACCUACAGCUUCCACACCUACCACAACCAGUCAAGGAGCCAAGUCUGCCAAACAGGUUCCUGUCAAGCUGGGGGAUAAGACUGAGGUAAAUUCAAAUCGCUCAUCUGAGAGAGUGAAGAAAGAGAAGCUUUCUGGUGUCAAUGGCCUGUCUGUUCCAGCAGGGUAUAAACCCUGUCCGCCAACAGUUGACCAGACAACUUCAAACACUCCUUCAAGCACAUGCAUCAAAGUCUUGUCUGAACCAGAAACCUUAAGUGAGGGAAAGACCUCUAAGAAACACAAUGGCUUGGUACAGACAUCAAAACAAAAGGGAUUAUCCAAUGGUAAAGGCUCUGCUGACAUCCUUUGCACUUCUGACUCGUCAAAAAUCAAAGUUGGAAAACCCAGCAGUUCUCCCUCCAUUUCUUCUGUGGACUCUCUGACAAGACAUCCGGUCUCCAACAGCUCCCAUAAAGAACUUAGCCUGUCUAAUAAGAGUGGGCCAGACUCUCCUUCUUUUCCCUUGGUGACCCCAAAACCACAGUCCUCCUCUUCUGUGGAUCUCUCCUCUGUCCAAUCGCAAGAGCAGGAUCCCUUGUUACAGCCCUCACUUGAGAAAAAAAGAGAGAAAGACAAGAAAGCACGGAAAGAGAAAAGAAGAGACAAAAAGUCAAAACGAGAUAAAUUAGAGUCUGAAAGAGCAAAAAGUGAAAGCAGAAAGGAAGAAGGCAAGAAGAAAAAGAAGGAGAAGGGGAAGGACGGGAAAUCAAGACAUGGUAAACUAAAGGAUGAAAGACAUAAGACUGACAAUACAUGGAGGGAUGACCUAAAGAUUCAAAGCGGACAGGUUGAGAACAAGAGGGAUAAGCUCAGCCCAGAAAGGGAAAAAAAAGAAGAUAAUGCAAAAUGUGGAGAAACAGUUGUCAGUGGUAAAAUAGAUAAAAACUGUAAAUUAGCGAAUUCAGACAGACACGAUGAGAUAAACAGGGCAGAUGACAGUUGCAAGCCAGUUAAACAAGCUGAGCCAGCAACAUCUGACACUGGUAAAUCAAAAGAACAAGAUAUCUCAAGACAUUUAACUGUGUCUCCAAGCCAACCCUCCACUUGUGCUCCUCCCCCUCUGCCCAAUUCUGCAGCCCGUACCUCUGUUUCCCCCCCUUCGUCCCCGCGAGAGCAGGACAGCCGACCGCUUAAGAAACGCAAAGCCAGACGGCCCAGCUGGACCAAGCUGGUGCAUCGGGCCCAGAGAGUGGAAAAUCAAGAAGGCCCUUCAGAUUCCAAGCAUAAUUCGUUACUAAAUUUCCCCCAGAACCCCAAGACGUUGCUUUCUGCCAAAGCCACUAUUCAACAGGCCGAUGAGUCACAACAAGGGUCCUGUAGCUCUUUAACAAGCAGCUCCUUCCCUACCAAACCUCUUUCCCCAAAGCAUAGUCCCCUAACAUCAGACCCUAGCCCUCCUGCUCCUAGAUGCCCAGUAACUUCUGCUCGGAAAAGGGGCCGCCCUAAAUCCCAGAGCUCUAAUAUAGAUGAACCUCCCCCUAGACUAUCUCCAAACACUUUCCCAACUGUGGUGCCUCUUCUGGGUUAUGAUGGUAUCCAAAAAGCCCCUGUGCUGGAGCCAAGUUCCAUACUGCAGUGUGCCACUCAGUCUAUAUCCAGCCCCAAGAAGCGUGGCCGUCCACCAAAACGACCCCUACAAGAGGACCAAAGUGAAGAUGCACUAACUUGCACUGAUGACAGGGACAGAAGUAAAGAUUUCCAUCCUCCUGAAAAAGGGAACAGGCAGCUAAAGAUCAGGAGGCUGAUUAAUGAGAUGAAGAAAAGAAAGAAGAGGAGACUACACAAGGAAAUGCUGUCUGGGUAUGUUAGAAAGGAGGGAAGUGAGGCAGCAGAUGGGGAGACCUCUGUGAGAAUGUGUAAAUCGAUUGAGUCAACAACAGUACACACGCUCUCAGCCCUGUCCUCCUCCUUUGGGAGUAAGCUAGGCCCUCAGAUCAAUGUGAGCAAGAGAGGGACUAUCUAUAUGGGCAAAAGGAGAGGACGCAAGCCUAAAGCCCAAACAAAUCCAACAACCCAGUUCAACUCUAAGAACUCCACUCAGUCAUCUCAGUUCACCAAUCCCUCUGAAACAUCUCUUUUCUCCAACCAACUCAACUCGCACCCAUUUCCCUCCCCAUCUCUUACCCACUCCAGUGGGGCCCAGAGUCCUUAUAGUGAAGGCAGCCUCACGGAACCAACAUCCUCCCUUCUUUUCCCCCAUCCCUUUUCCCUUCCUUCCCCAUCCUCCUCCUGUACCUCACCUCGCCCUCCCUCAUCCUCAUCCCUCUCUCCCUUUGUGAAGAAGAGUUGCCCGUGUCAGGGAAGGCAUCACUUUCCCUUCCACCAGUCUUCAUGUAAACUCUACUGUCCCACCCCUCCACUGCAUCACAUACCUGGCUCCCCUGGCCACCUGAAAGAGGCCACCCCCUCUCCAAGGAGUGAGUCACACAGUGAAGAGACGCUGCCAAGCGAUAGUGGAAUUGGGACAGACAACAACAGUGUUUCUGAGCGAGGAGAGAUGCGGGGAACUCUGGGCUUGCUCAGGUUGGGCCAGGGUUCAGGAGUGAUUUUGGGGGGUCAAAGGCAUCCCUCCUCUGUUGUGGAUCGUCCAUCUCCUGUUUCUUCAUCCCUCUCUCACAUACCACGACCAACAAACCCAAUCACCAAUGCAAGUACUUUGGAGCACCACAGACACAGGCACCGUCGGAGGGAUUACGACUGUUCAUCUUCCUGUACUUGCUUGUGCCCAUGCCCCUGCCCAGGACACAAUAAAUGUACUCAUUCAGACUUUUAUCCUUGUCUUGGGCAUAAUGCACUGAAGAGACAGAAGAAUAAACAUAAGAAGAAACACCAGCAGCUGCACAUGCCCGAUCCAGAGUUUCUGGCGGAAUUAGAAGAUCUAAUUGGGCAGUUCAGCGAAGUCCAUAUUGGACGCCGAGGUUGGGCAAGGAUGGGACUUGCACAGGGCUUUGAUGGGAGUGGGACCUCUGCUGGAGGAAGACGCCAUCACUCCUCCUCACAUUCUCUCCGCUCCAACAUCUUCCGGAUCAAUCUGAAUGGCUUCUACUCGCCUCACCCUUCAUCCUACCCUGCGAAUCAUUCUUUCUCCCCCCAUCCUUUCUACCCCUGCCAGCCUGUGCAUUGCAAUAGGAAGACAGACCGCAGGCAAUGUGGUUGCCCCUCAAAAUUCCAGGAGACCGUUGAAAAUAUGGGCUUUUACAGCAGCUAUCCCCCAACAACAGCCCUUUACCACCACCUUCCCAGCUCCUACCCGCUUUCCUCCCCAAAUCAUUACACCUCCCAUCAGCCCCAUCAUGCCCAUUUCUUCCUCAACCCCGCCAGAUUCCACAGGCGGAGGAGCAGGUUGCUGAGGGAGGGAGCUUUAGGGGGAGAGGUUGAUGGAGAUGUAGAAAGAGGUAGUGGAGGAGGCCAACAUCUCAGCUCAGGGUUCACACCCGGCUUAGUCUGUGGCUGUGGGAGAAGCGAACAUAAACACAAGCAUAAGCACCGUCACAGGCACUGCGAGCGAGACAUGGAUGACGAGGAGGAUUUGCGCGAGGAUGAGGAGGAAGCUGGAGGGGAAAUGGAGGGGAUGGUCAGUUCGAAGGCAAAGUCAGGGUUCAUUUUGGGGCAAGGGGAUGGAGGUGGGAAAAGGGCAAGAGGAAUAGGGAGGAUGCUGUCUAAAGAAUCAACUUGGUUAUGUGGCAAGAGAAAGGAUUCCUUCUCUUCUGCUACUGCUGCCACAUCAUCAUCUUCAGCGGAGAGGUACAAAAACACAUCACUUACCUCACUGGGUCUGGGUUCCUCUCAUCUUUCUUCAUUUGGAGGAGGCUGGGGCGGCAUAAGUCAGAGCUGGACAAAAUUUGGGGGCCUGGGAAGGGCAGGAUUUGGAAACUCCGAUUCAACAUGGAGAGGCUUAGCUGGGGAGAAACAUAAAGGCAGACUGAUCGAAUCAGACGGAGAGGACGAAACUAGUGAGGACAUUCAAGAGUCAGAUAUGUACAGGAAAUCCCCGUCCCCAACACACACCAACCUUUUUACAACCGCUGUCAUGGCAUCAGAGGGGAGAGGUCUGAGGAGCGGAUUGGUCGGUCAGAAUCCAGGAUGGGGCGACAGGUCAUGGAUAAGAGAUCAGCCAGUGUGGUCAGAGAGGAGAGAAACAGGUUUACAAGGUGACUCGAGGAGCCGGGGGCAGCAAAAAAGCGUGCCAACUCCAGACAGUGUGGCAGGGAAAAACAAAAGAGGGCCAGGACGUCCACGAAAGCACCCACUGCCCUCCACUGUAUCCUCCCCCAUGCACUUAUCUGCAGCUCCCUCCAUGUCAUCAGCCAACCUCAUGCCAGGACACAGCCACAACAAAGAUGGGAUAGAAGUGGGAGGGAAAAAAGAAGAGAGAAGGCCAGAGAAAGAUGGAGUAAGGGAUGCACUGCAGCAGGUGACAGAGUUGGAGCUGCAGGCCAAGCGGAAGAGAGGACGAAAGAGAAAGUAUGGUGACUCUCCUUGUCAUCAGAGUGUCACUGAGGACAAACCCGAGUGUGACACCCCUCCUGAAUGUUUCAGCCAAUCAGAGGUUGACCAGGCCCCAUCCCAACCAGUUACCAUCCAAAGAGAGGAGCGAGGAGAUUUUCCUCCCAGGAAGACGUUUCUGAGGGCAGGUCUAUACUCCGAUGAUUACAAAACUACAGACCCCCCUUCCCUAGCCCAGCAGUCAUGCAGAGAGAGUGUGGAAUACACACCAGAGGAGCAUGAAUACAGCCUUCUUCCUGCUCCCAUACAUGUUGGGAAGUACCUUAGGCUGAAGCGGAUUCAUUUCCAGCUACCUUAUGAUGUCAUGUGGCUGUGGCAGCAUGAUAAGCUUCAAAAGCAGCCUGCUGUCCCACUAAAGAGGAAGCGGCGUUACUGCCGGCUGAAGGAAAGGUCUUCAUCCUCUCACCAGACAGAGGAGGAGAGCUCGAGUGAAAUCACCAGCCUGUUUCCUCACCUCGACAUGGAGCCUUUGACCAGCACUGAGAGGAGUUUUGUGGUGAAGCAGCACGUGUUCCUCAUGAGGAACUUGGAGCUGGUGAGAGACAGACAGAUCCGACUGAGGAUAGAGAGGGAGAGGGAAAUAGACCCAGAGGGAGAGGAGAGGGACAGUCCACGUCUGUCUUGUGAUGGAGCCCAUGUGGAUGACAGCCACAUCAAGUCAGAUCAGCACGUGGGGGUGGAGGUGACGGUUAUCAGCACUGACCUCCACCAUCAGAGUCAGGACACCUCCAGCUCACUCACUGCCAACCCCUGUUCCACCAAAACCCAGAAUAGACCAGAGGGGGAGGAGGGAGAGGAAGAAAAGCGAGGGGAGGAAGAGGUCUGCAGCAGAGAACAGAGGAGGAAACGUCUGAAUGAUUUACUUUUAACCCUGCAGCAUUAAUAAGCUAACAGAGAAGGGUGGGACCGCUCUGAAGAAGGGACAUGGCCUACCGCUGGACAGAUGGACAGGAAGUGAUGCCACAACACUGCUCUUAACAGUGGUACUGCCUCAGAGAACAAGUGAGAAAAGGAAGGGAGACAAGAACUGGAGAAUUAUGGAGGCUGAAAAAGCAAGAAAGACAUCCUGCACACUGACAGAUGAGUGUGUCGAACCUAGUGCUCUGAAGGGCAUCACACCAAGGAUGAAACCAUGGCAACACAUCCUUUGUCCAAGCGGCGAGGGAUGAUGAGAGAUAGACCGUCCCGGAUGAAACAGAAAGAAACAGACCAGCUGAAAGGAAUUUGCACUAGUGCUGGAUGAACAAGCACACUAAAGACUGUAUGUAUGCUGAGUGGACUCACUUUAAAAACACACAGGCAUACACUUUGAUUGCUCUUACUUCGGCACCUUAAGUAAACUGGAAGAGACACAACUUUGCUUGGAAAGUGGACAUAAAUGGUACUCAGCAUUUCAGCUCUGAAGUUUCCAAGAGACGAGGAGUUCACCAAAAUACGCCCGGGGGAACAAAAAUGUAGCCCUAAGUAGGUCAGGAUUGAACCCUCUUUUAAUUGUUAAGCUUUCAAAGUCACACUGCACCUUUGGGGAAAUGACACGAGGAGGAGUGAACCAGUUAAAAAGCUGUUGAGACAGUGUUAGGGGGGUUUUCUUCACUUUACCAAGACAGUGUCUGCUAUGUACCAGUGAAUAGGCUGGGGAGGGAGAGAGGGGGGUGGGCUUAGUGAUAGGAAUUUUGGCAUUGCUGCAAGAGAAUUUCUAAUGAGGUUUUAAGAAAGAAGUUAUUUUUGAACAAAAAAAAAAAAAAAACAGCUUGAGUACUAUCUGCUAAAGAAAUAGACAAAGUAUAUUCAUGAGAGGAAUGUUUAUUGACUAUUUUCAGUAUUGCUUCCUUGAGAAGGGGUUAAAAAAAAAGUGUUUUGUUUACUUCGGACUGCCUUUGAGAAUGUUUCGCUCUUUGCUCUGGAGCAUUGACAAUCAGAAUGUCCUUGGUGUGGGGGGGGGGAGAAACCGGAGAGGAAAGGGAAUGUAAAGUAGAAUUAAUUUGCCCCAAAUGCUCUGUAGAAGUGCCAUGUUGUUGUUGUGUACGUAACUAAGCGAACUCAUGCAGUCUUUUAAAGCAAUAUCUCCUCUGAUAAGGACUAUAUAAAGACUUCCUUUGUUGUGUUUUUUUUUUAUAGUUGUGAAUAUUCGAGGAUUGGAGGUUAUUUUUAUGUACAGUUGCAUAGUAGGUUGUUCUCCUAUAAGAAGCAUUGGGCUAAUCCAGUGGAAGUAAGCAUAAGCGUUUAGUUUCAUGUGAAUGUACAUAGAGAGAGAGACCUGUUUUCCUUCUAUCAGCAGUAGCGUGUAAAAUGACUAUCAUACAUGUCAAUAUUAUCGCGAGUAUACUUCAUAUCAGCAUCAUAUCAGACCUGUCAUUUUACUAACAUUUUUUUAACAGAUAAUAAAGCUGACCAAUAUUCCAGUCAUUUCUCCUUGAAAUGGACUAUGAUUGUAUAGGAUUUUUGUUUUGUAGAAUGACGUAAUUUGUCUUCUUUUUUAGCCAAGCGUACCUUUUUGUUUUUAUAUUGGUCAGACGAUCAGUGACAGUGACUUAGUUUUUUUUUUUCCAGUGUUAAACUUCUGCUCUCUAUCAGUAGUGUGGCUUCAAAUAACGAGGCGAGAAAGUGCAAUUUCUUUGACUGUUUACAUACUGCAUGUAUAUUUUUCCUCUUUCCUUUUUUUAACUAAGAGCACUACAUUAUUGCCAGUGGAUGAUUAACUUUAUAGCAAAGGUACACAUAAAGAGUUAUUUAUCUAGUUUGCAUGAAAUGUAACCUUUGCCUGUUGCCUCUGAUAACGUGCUUCUGAAAAACAAAACGUUCAAAAACGGAUAUAACUCAACGCCAUAGAAUGUCAGAUCAAACUUUUUUGCCUCUAUAACCACAAUAAUAAAAGCAUUUUAUGUCUA